ACCCCAGUACCUCAAAUUAGUGUUAUAUAUCCAUUUUUACUUCCCAACAAACAUAUAUUUCCAUUUUAAUGGCUGCAAAAGUUGAUCCGUUGGUGGUUGGAAGAGUAAUUGGGGAUGUAGUGGACAUGUUCGUGCCCAGUGUCACUAUGUCUGUGCACUUUGGCAACAAACAUGUUACAAAUGGUUGCGAUAUCAAACCCUCUAUUGCGGCUGAUCCUCCAAAAAUCACUGUGGGUGGCCAUGCUGCUGACCUUUACACUCUGGUUAUGACGGAUCCAGAUGCUCCUAGUCCUAGUGAACCAAAUAUGCGAGAGUGGGUGCAUUGGAUUGUGACAGACAUACCAGGGUGCACUAACGUCGCUCGAGGGAAGGAGGUAUUGGGGUAUAUGGGGCCACGUCCGCCGGUGGGGAUCCACAGGUACAUAGUGGUACUUUUCCGACAGAAGGGGCCAAUGCCGGGAAUUUUGCAGCCGCCACUAGCUAGGUCUCAUUUCUGCACUCGGGCGUUUGCGCAUCAGCUUGAUCUCGGCGUUCCCGUCGCCACUGUUUAUUUCAAUGCCCAUAAGGAGCCAGCAAAUAGGAAGCGCUAAUACUAUCAGUGGAUUUUAUUUUUAUUUUCUUGUCUGUAUUUAGUUUUUACUCGUAUGUUCUGGCACUUAUUAUUCGCCAGCUUAUUACUCUCUGUCUGCAACUUAAAGUAUGAUUUUUAUGUUUGCUAGCUGCUAAUGUAUUGUUUUUUUUCCACCAACUGCUGCUGUAUUGUUAUGUACCUAUAUUCCGUGCAUAAGUAUUUUCUUUGUUCUUUUUUC